CUUGCCAUCGCCAAUGAGGACUUCUUCGGCAAUGCCAGCUUCAGACCCAACCAGUUGGAGGCCAUCAAUGCCACCAUAAAAGGCAAUGACUGCUUUGUGCUCAUGCCGACUGGAGGAGGCAAAAGUCUCUGCUACCAGCUACCAGCGCUGCUGACCAACGGUGUGACCGUGGUCAUAAGUCCUCUGGUGUCUCUCAUCCAAGACCAGGUGUUUCACUUGCAGCAGGCUGGCAUCGCCUGCGGCUACCUCAGUGGCACACAGGACUACGAGGAUUCGCGCAGCAUCAUGCAGAGGCUGCAGCAGACUCCCCCAGACAUCAGAGUCCUGUUUGUGACCCCUGAGAAGGUCGCCCGCAGCGACUACCUGAUGCGCACACUCGACGUACUGCACAGCCGCAGGCUCUUGGACCGGGUAGCAGUGGAUGAGGCGCAUUGUGUCAGCCAGUGGGGACACGACUUCCGGCCCGAUUACAAAGGCCUGUCCGUCUUCAAACGCAGAUACCCAAUGGUGCCCCUGCUUGCACUGACAGCCACAGCAACUCCCCGAGUGCAGCAUGAUGUGGUGCAGCAGCUCUCCCUGAAGCACUGCGUCGUGUUCAGAUCCAGCUUCAAUCGCCAGAACCUGCGGUAUGGCAAGUUUGAUGACGCCAUUAAGGAGAUGGAGGACAGGAUUGCGCGCAACUUCUGCCACCACGGCAGAGUGCAGUGUGGGAUUGUCUACUGCCUGUCCAGGAAUGACUGCGAGAAGGUGGCUGCAGAACUGCAGGAGUACUCAAGAGGAUGCGUCUUCCACUACCAUGCAGCCUUGACGCAGCAGGAGAGGGAGGAGGUGCAGGCAAACUGGACGCACGACCGCAUGCAGAUCAUCGUCGCCACCAUCGCCUUUGGAAUGGGCAUCAACAAGCCGGAUGUGCGCUUUGUGAUGCACUUCUCCGUGCCAAAAUCGCUGGAAGGCUAUCACCAGGAGACGGGGCGCGGCGGGCGUGAUGGCAAGGUGGCGACAUGCAUCCUGUACUACAGCUACGCGGACGCCGUGCGCAUGCGCCACAUGCUCAAGCAGAGCGCAGAGGAGCAAAACACGUCCCCGGCGCAGCUGCAGUGCAACAUGGACUCCCUCAACCACAUGAUCGCCUACUGUGAGGAGCAAGUGGAGUGCCGUCGCUCGGUGCUGCUGGCGCACUUUGGCGAGUCCUUUGAUGUCAAGCGCUGCCACGGCACCUGCGACGUCUGCGCAUCGCGCAAUGGCCAGGAAUUCGAGCAGCGCGAUCUGACGGCGGAGGCGCUGGCGGUGGUGCGUCUGGUGCGUGCGGUGAAGCAGCACGGCAGCCUGAGCCAUGUGGUGGACGUGUUCCGGGGCGCCAAUACGAAGGCCGUCAAGGACCGCGGCCACGCGCAGCUGCCCGACCACGGCGCCGGCAAGGCCCUCAGCAAGAACGAGGCACUGCGGCUGCUGCGCAAGAUGGUGGUGGUGGGCGUGCUGUCCGAGGAGACCUUCCGCGCUGACAACCAGUACGGGGGCGUCAUGUCGCACCUCUCCGUC